CUAGGCUACCCUUAAAAAACUUAAUAACCUAAAACCUACCCUACAUUAGUAAAGUACUUUAAUUUUGUAAAAAAUGGCUGUUUCUACACUUGUUUGUCAGGGCUGGCCUCUCCAAAUAGAAAGCUGUAGCUCGUCUUUAAUUUGUUUUAUCAAAGUGUCAUUCGUAUUUCGGUUGCAACGAUACAUGGUGAAAAAAAAGGAAAAAUGAUUUUUUGGUCGCAUUAUUUAAAUAAUUAAUUUUUUUCUGCGAUUGGCCGUUCGAAGUGCGAGUGCUGUCGACAAAAGGUUCGAAAAUUCGAAUCUUUGUUACAGAUUUUAAUGAAAAUUUCUACAAACUUACAAUAUAUUAUAAGACAGAGAUACAAGACGAAAUUUAUAUAAGAUAUGAAUUGAUGAUAGAAGGAACUGUCUAAAACAAGUUUGUUCAACUUAGCCCAAGCAGCUUUUGGAAGCAAGUGGAGUGAAAAAACGCGAAAUGGAGUUGCAGUAUCAGGGAGAAAAAGAGUUGGCCGCCGUGGCCAGCGAGAAGCAGGUGAUCAAAAAGGAAAGUUGUUUCUGUUUGAGCGAUAAUUUCACGAAGCAGACAAAUACAAAAAUUGAAAAAGAUACAAAGCAAAUUGGUGCCAGCACUGAUAGUGGGAUAGAAAUCUUUGAGGCAAACAAGAAAGCACUUGAGGAUGAAAAUAAAUUAUUGAAGAAGAAAAUUGAGGAAUUGAUUCAGAGUAAAGAAGACAUGGAUAACGAAAUGGAGAGAAUGAGGGAAGACAAUCGUAAAGAAACUGAAAUGGUGACAUUGAAAGCACUUGUUAGUGAAGUAGUGAUGAAAGCCUUGGAGGAAGUUAUUUUAGAGCGAGGAAAAAGAUUUGAGAUAGAGUCGGAGAAAUUGAAAGUAAAGCUGAAAUUUGAAUACCAAAGACAGGAAUUACUAGAGAGGCAAAUUAAAUGUGCAGAAGAAAAGAGACUGUCGGUAGAGGAGAAACUGGCAGAGCAAGAAGAAUUGAUACGGAAAAGGGAGAGGCAAUUGGUUGACACCGAGCAACGGCUGGACUCGUUGCAGGAGAAAAAAUCACUACUUAGCGGUAAAUUUGGUGCCGCGCAAGAAAGAUUGAAAAUCGUAAGUGAAGAAUUUGGAGCGGAGGCUGAAAGAUCAACCUCGGGAGCGAUCACAGAUGAAGCAGCGGAAGAGGAUAAUAGCAACAAUAACAGCAGCAACAACAACAACACGAAGUCUCUUGAGAUGCAACUGCAAAAAAUCGAAAAUAUCCAAAAGGCAAAUAAAGAGCUUGAAAGACAAUACAUGAUUGCAAACGACAGUUUGAAUGCUGAGAAAAGAAAACACAUGGAGCAUAUUGUUGCCUUGACAACUGACAUAGAUGCACUAAAAAAGGAGAAAGGAGACCUUGCAAGCGAAGUGAAGGAGAUCCGGAGUCUGAAUCAGGAAUUGGAGACACAAAUGAUGGAAUUAGGGCAACAGGAAACAGAGAAUCGACAAGAGAGGAUGAAGCUAGAAGUGGAAAAUCAGGAUAUUCGGGUGAAAAAUGAAGAACUGAGCCAUAGACUUAAUCAAAAAUCACUCAACAAGCCAUGGUGGAGAAGAGCGGUUUCGUGUGGAUAA